AUGUCCAAUCAAGACAGCUAUCCAAACAAUUACAGUGAACUGCGAUGUAUGUUUAAAUGCAUCAUCGAUUCAUGUAAUGCAUUGUAUCAGCUGAAAACGGAAAAAGAAGAAGAAUUAAAGUCAAUUUACAAAAUUAUCAAAACAGAAUUGAUUGAUUCAAAGAAAUAUCUUCCCACAAAUGCUAUUAAAGACAUUUUAGAUAUCAUUCCAUAUAAUAAUCGCUAUACAAAGUCAUAUUUAUUUCUUGCCAAACUCAUAUCUGAUGAUUACCAUGUCACAGAGGUCAGCAAUGUUCAACUAAUUUCAAACUUCCUGUUUUAUAAAGAAUAUGGAAUUAAAUUAUACAAAUCUGCUGAUUUUGAAAAUUUUAAAACAGAAAAUCUCGAUAUUCACUCAGAAGAUACAAUUUACAGGGCAAUUAUGUAUAAUGACAAAGAAAAAUUCAUCAUAUUAGCUGAAAGAGAAGAAUUUGACCAAAAUCAAAAACUUAAAAGCAGUUUAUAUCCAUAUUCUUACGAAGGGUAUUCAUUACUUGAAUUAUGUUGUUACCAUGGAGCAGUUGAUUGUUUCAAGUUAUUAAGAACGAAAUUUAACUCAGAAAUAACUCAAAAAUGUUUACAUUUUUCAUUUUUAGGAGGAAAUCCAGAGAUCAUGAGUGAAUGUUUGAAACAUCAAAAACCAAAUGAAAAAUGUAUGGAAUAUGCAAUUAUUUCACACAACAUUGAUUUUGUUACAUUCUUGAUGAAUGAACACAAUUUGAAGAUAGAUUUAUAUUAUUGUGGAAAAUAUAAUAAUAUUGAAUCAAUUUUAGUUUAUUUUGAUCAAACUAUUGAUGUUGACACAUGUUUUGUUUAUUCAUCGUUAUUUAAUAAUCCAUCCGUUUGCAAAUCUUUCCUUUCUCUUGGUGCUUAUAUCAAUGCAAAAGAUAAAUAUGGAAAUACAGCUCUUCAUUAUGCAGCAAAAUAUAAUGGCAAAGAAUUGGCCGAAUUUCUUAUUUCACAUGGUGCAAAUAUCAAUGAAAAAUAUUUUCUUGGACUAACUGCUCUUCAUUAUGCAGUAAAACAUAAUAAUAAAGAAACGGCUGAACUUCUAAUUUCACAUGGUGCAAAUAUCAAUGAAAAAGAUAGACUUGGACUAACUGCUCUUCAUUAUGCAGCAAGAUAUGUUAGUAAAGAAACAGCUGAACUUCUUAUUUCAAAUGGUGCAAAUAUCGAUGACAAAGAUGAGAAUGGAACGACUGUUCUUCAAUAUGCAUUAAUUUUUAAAAGUAAAGAAAUGGUUGAAUUUCUUAUUUCACAUGGUGCAAAUAUCAAUAAAAAAGACGAUCUUGGAAGAACUGCUCUUCAUCAUGCAGCAGAUAAUGAUAUAAAAGAAAUAGCAGAACUUCUAAUUUCACAUAGUAUAAAUAUCAAUGAAAAAGAUAAUUAUGGAAAUACUGCUCUUCAUAAUGCAGCACAACAUAAUAGUAAAGAAACCGCCAUACUUCUUAUUUCACAUGGUUCAAAUAUCAAUGAAAAAAAUAAUUAUGGAAAUACUGCUCUUCAUAAAGCAGCAAAACAUAAUUGCAAAGAAAUGGCAGAAUUUCUUAUUUCACAUGGUAUAAAUAUCAAUGAAAAAAAUAAUUAUGGAUUGGCCGCUCUUCAUAUUACAGCAAAUUGUAAUAGUAAAGAAACAACUGUACUUCUAAUUUCACAUAGUAUAAAUAUCAAUGAAAAAGAUAAUUAUGGAAAUACUGCUCUUCAUAAUGCAGCACAACAUAAUAGUAAAGAAACAGCUGAACUUCUAAUUUCACAUGGUAUAAAUAUCAAUGAAAAAAAUAAUUAUGGAAAUACUGCUCUUCAUAAAGCAGCAAAAUAUAAGAGUAAAGAAAUUGCCCUACUUCUUAUUUCAAAUGGUAUAAAUAUCAAUGAAAAAGACAAUCAUGGAAGAACUGCUCUUCAUUAUGCAGCAUUUUAUAAUACUGAAAACACAGCUGAACUUCUUAUUUUACAUGGUAUAAAUAUCGAUGAAAAAGCUAGAAAUGGCUCAACCGCUCUUGAUAUUGCAGUCAAAUAUGAUAAUGAUGAUAUAGCUGUUCUUCUUAUUAUAAAUGGAGCAAAUAUCAAUGAAAAAGAUGAUGUUUGA